AUGGGCGAUGAUCUCGUCCAACAAGCUUGCAAGAAAGCCGCAGACGGUGACAAAGCCUUGAACUACAACUUCUGUGUCUCAACCCUCGAGGCCAGCCCGGGAAGCAAGGGUGCAGAUCUUGCAGGACUAGUCGGAAUCGCACUUGACCUAACCACAAAGAAGGCCACGAGCAUCAAGUCCACCAUAACAAAGCUUCAGAGCGAUCCAAAAGUUGACAAGUCUGCGCUACAAGACUGCGCAGAACUUUUUUCGGAUGCCCUUGAUAGUCUGGGACAAGCGACCAGUGCAUUCAAGUCCAAAGAUUAUGGCUCAGCUCUUACACAGCUCAGCGCCUCCUUGGAUGCACCUGAUACUUGUGAAACUGGGUUCAAAGAGAAGAAAGCAGUGUCACCUUUGAGCAAAGACGACGCUGACUGCACUCAGUUGAACAUCAUAUGUCUUGCUUUUAUCAACCAGUUGCGCGGGGCAUAG